UCGCAGCAUGGCCGACGAGAUGGACGCGCCGACCAAGGCCAAGACGCGGCCCGGGUCCGUCCCCGCGAUCCCGGCCAUCCACACGCUCCUCAUGGACGAGCCCACGAUGGUCUCGCGCAACUCGGCGCCGGCCGCGCUGCUCGAAGACCUCGUGCCAUCGCCGCCGUCGUCGUCGCGGACGCCGUCGUCGUACGCCGAGUCGCCGUCGCGCAUGACGGCCUCCGAGAAGAUCGCGCAGGGCUCUGGCCUCGUCGGCAGCUCGACCGAGAUCAGCGCGAUCGGCCUCGCGGGCUUUCUCAACAUGCGCGAGCACGGCCCGGGCAUCCACCGCAUGAAGCGGUACUACUGCCGGCUCGUCGGCGUCCUCUUGUACCGCUUCUACACGAAGGAGAUGUCGCGCGACCUCUCGAACGCGCACAUGGAGGCCGAGGUCCAGCGCAUUGACGACUGGGACGGGAAGGGCAUGAUGCAUCUGUACCGGAACGCGUUCCGGUUCGUGACGUCGCAAGCCACGUUCAACGUCGCGGCCGACAGCGAGAGUGAGAAGCAGCUCUGGACGCUAUAUGCGAUCGAAGCCAUUGACGCGGCGCAGCUGCAGAUGCGCGACGCGGCGCUCCUCCCGCAGUCGCAGUCGCUCCUCGCGGCGUCGCCCGGCGGCCUCACGCUCAUCCGGCCCAACAAGGAGAAGGAAAAACCACCGAAAUUCAAGGGUCGCCCACGUGCGCGCACCCCAAGUGCACCGUGCGCUUUGACAACACGAAGCGCCAGCACCACUGCCGCAACUGCGGCGACAGUCUCUGCUCGGACCACAGCUACCACUUUGCGCCGCUGCCGCACUUGCCGACGCUCACGGGCCCGCAGCGCCAGUGCACGCGCUGCUUUCGCGUCCACCGGUUCAUCCAGCUCCUCCGCUGCGUGCUCCAGGUCUUUGUUAAGAACCGCCACCAACGCAACUCGCCGCGGCUCUCGCAGCGCAAGCCAAAGCUGUCGAGCGAAGACAUGGCCAUGCUCCAAACGGUCCAAGAGGCGAUCCACGAACCCGACUUUGGCGUCUCGGACGCGAUUCAGGCGCUGCAUCUGCACCGAAAAGACAGCGACGAGGUCUACCGCGUGAUUGUGCAAAAGCUCCUGACGCUCAGCGCAUCCCAUAUGCCCGAUUUUGAGUUUUUCCUGCCGCAGCUCUUUCACCUCUGGGCGUCCACCGAGUACGACGCCCAUAUUGUCAAGUGGACGCUCCUCCUGCGCCUCCUCAUGACGGCGGCGACCUACCACGUGCGGCUCGCGACGUCCAUUCACUGGCUCAUGCGCGCGACGAUCGACGACUCGUGCGGCUGGGGCUUUGGCCAGACAGAGCUCAGCAUCCCCGAGUACCUCAAGAACCGGUUUGCGCCGUCCAAGCUCGCGCUCUUCAAUUUGCACAUGCUGAUCAACCACCAAGACGGCGCCCACGCGUUUGUGUUUGCCCCCGACACGGACCUGCGCACGAUGCCGAUCCAGACGGACCUCAUCCAGACGUACUUUGACCGGCUCUUGGCGCUGCAGCAGUACGACGAAGGCUUGAACGCGGUGACACCCGACUUUCUUGCGAGCCCCGCGCGGUUCUUUCCUGCGGCCACCCCCUCGAACGGCAGCAGCUCGCUCAACACCAACAGCGCGCUCCUCCUCGGGCCCAUUUACGCGGGUGUCGCCAACUGCGUGCUCCCGUGCGACUGGUCGUUUCCGGCGUUGAACAAGAUGAAGAUCACGCCGCGCCACCCGUCCAUGGAGCAGAGCGUCUUUGCGACGCAGCUCAAGUUUAUCGAUGGCCUUGGCGACGUGGCCGAAGCGCUGCGCUUCCUGCCCCCAAAGAACCGAAAGGAAGCGCUGCCCGAAGAGCUCGCCAAGCUGACGCUGCCCGACCACGCGUUCUACCCGCUGGGCACGUGCGACGAGCCGCUCCAGCGUCUCGUGUCCAUCUGCCUCUAUGAAGGCGCCGUGUUUACGACCAAGGCGCGCGCACCGACCAUGGUGUGGUUUGAAGUGGAGAACCUCCCGGUCGUGCCCGAGACGCUCUGGCUCACGCCCGCGCAGUCGAUGCUGACGGACGAAGAGAAGGAGUCGGCCGCGCUGCCGCCACCCGUCUCGUCGUCGCUCGGGCACGACGAGAUUGGCCAAGUGCUCCGCCACGACAACAUUAUGAGCAGCCUCCACCGCAUCGAGGCAGUCCAGCCCCUCUCGGAAGAAGACGAGGAAGACGACGAGAGCGUCGACGGCAGCGUCGACAUGAACAUGGCCCACGCGCCGCCCUUGCCCAUCGGGAACCUCGGCAGCAGCGGCCGCAUGCGCCGGUCGGGCAGUCUCUGCAGCAGCGGCAACCCACUCCAUCUGGAGCAGCUCAUCCAGGUGCUGGACGAGCCGCCGAAGAGCAGCGCGACGGAGAAGGGGCGGACCAAGUCGGACAGCUUCCAGCGUCAGCGCGGCAGCAUCCGCCUCGAGUUGAUGCCGACAGACGCGGAGAAGCCGACGUACGAGCAGCUCGAGACGAUUGCCAUGAAGAUGAUGGCGUUCUUCCUCUCCAAGCCGCCGAAAGCACCGACAAGCAAAGACAGCAACUCCAAGGCAAGCGACGCGACGCCACCAGUGUCCCAGACGGUCGUGCUUGGGCGUAUCACGGUCGAAGCGAUCGCCGCGCGCAUGGGGCUGCACGUACAGCCGUACGAAGACGUCUACUCAUUUACAGGCCGCGAGUGCAUCGAGUGGAUGCAAUCGUCGGGCAUUUCGCACAACGAAGCGCACGCGCUCUGGCUUGGCAGCGAGCUCCUCACCAACGAACUCAUCGAGCCCGUCAACGUCCAGCACCACGACGAGCCGGUUCUCUUUACGAACGACGCGACCACGCUCUUUGUAUGCACGGUCAAGCCCGAGGAAGGCGGGAGCUCGGCGUCGACCAUUUUGCACACGAAGCGGGGCACCACGAGCCGCUUCACGAGCGUCGCCAACGCCAACCGGUCCCUCGAGCGCGAAGACACGGACGUGAGCGAGCUUGUCACGGGCUUUGACCGCCUUCGGCCCGAGAAGACGCUCGAGCUGCUCCAGCUGGUCGACUCUGCGAUUCUGCGACACGUGGCGCCCGAGGCGGCGGACCGCGACGAGACGUUUGCGCAGUGGGAAGAGCUGCAGAGCCAGGUCGAGGCCAUGUGCGAGUACAUUCGGGAGAAGCGCCGCAACCGGCAGCUCGCGGUCAAGUCGAUGUUUGGCGAAGACUUUGACUCGAAGCGCAAGCGCCUUCUGGCAUCGUCGAGCUUUGCGUGCCAGUUUCCCGACCAUUGGGACUGCAGCGCGCUCAUCGUCAAGUCGAACGACGAUCUGCGUCAAGAAGUGCUCUGCCUCCAGCUCAUCCGGCAGUUCCGCGAUAUUUUCGCGAGCGCCGAGCUCGACCUCUGGCUCCUCCCGUACGGCAUCAUUGCGACGUCGGCGUCGACAGGCAUCAUCGAGGUCAUUCGCAACGCGACGUCGCUCUCGUCGCUCAAGGGCACCCCGGGGUACGUGAGCCUCAACCAGCACUUUGUGCACACGUACGGCACGGCCGACACGCCGGCGUACAAGACGGCGAUGAACAACUUUGUCAAGUCGAUGGCAGCCUACUCCCUCGUGUGCUACAUCCUGCGCAUCAAGGACCGGCACAACGGCAACAUCAUGCUCGACUCGGACGGGCACCUCAUCCACAUUGAUUACGGCUUUAUCCUUGGCAUCCAGCCAGGUGGCCGCUUCUCACUCGAGCGCCGCGUGCCGUUCAAACUCACAACCGAGAUGGUCGACGCCAUGGGCGGAAGCCAGUCGGAGUACUUUCGCGAGUAUGUGACGCUGCUCAUCCAAGGGUUUUUGGCGCUGCGGCAAAACGUCGAUACGAUCCUCAUGAUGAUUGCGAUCAUGGCGCAAGACUCGUCGUGCCCGUGCUUUCUGCACCGCAACCCGCGGGACAUUCUCUUCCAGACCAAGCAACUCUUUGCCCUCGAGCUGACGCCGGAGCAAGUGAUCCCGCACGUGAUGAAGCUCGUUCGGCGCAGUCUCAACAGCUUUGGCUACCGCCGAUACGACCAGUUUCAGCACAUCACCAACAACAUUGUGCCAUAGCCGCUGUGUCGCUUUCCAGUUUGAAUUGCG